AUGGUAUGCGCCAUUUUGAUAGAGACUAAAAAUGAAUUAGAUCCCUAUUUAAUCCCUGCAAUGAUGAUGGCAGAUAAAGAUACUGGUAGGCGUUGGAGCAUUAUUAUACCUGCAGUAAGUGAGGGUGAUGACAGAAUCAUAGACGCAUCUACAGGGGAUGUUAAUGUAGGACAAAGAGAGAGUAAUGGGAAUAGUGCUGAGGGAGUAGAAGAUAAUAAUACUCCAGUAAAUACAAAUGAGGAAAAACUAGGAUCCCAAUUUGAGACUAUAGUGGACAGAGUUGUCACGCAAUUAGAACGUUGGCACUAUGAAGGAAGUUACCGUAGAUUAAGGGUGUUUUCAGGGUUGCAGCCUGUACCUCAAGGGGAGGAAACAUAUGAGGUAUGGAAAGAAGCAGCCAUUCAGCAAACGGAAGAGUGGCAAUGUCCUGAUCACAUAAAACAUCAGAGGGUGGUAGAAAGUUUGCGUGGGCCAGCAAUGGGAGUAAUCCAAGCGGCAAGGAGAAGUAAUCCCAAAGCCACUCUUGAAACGUACUUUGAGGCAUUAGAUUAUGCCUAUGGAACAUUAGAGGAUGUAGGGGACCUAAUAUCCAGGCUACACCAUACAUUUCAGGAGACUGGAGAAAAGUUAAGUACUUAUCUGUUCCGGUUAGACAGAUUGUUAUACAAGAUAAUAGAGAAAGGGGGAAUGAAGAAAACAGAAGUAGAUGAGAACAGGGUGAAACAGUGA